AUUUCACAAACUCUCAAACAACAUACCGAACGGGUCCAGCAACCUCAGCAAGUCGCAGUUUCUGACGUGGAGAAACCGCGGCAAAUACAAAUGACCGCAGCGGAAGUUGAACGUCAUUUGCAAUCGAGGCAAAAUGUCAUGGAGUUUGUACAAGAUCGUGCUCCUGCCACUGUGCCAACAGAAAUGUUUAGCAACGAGCCAUCCUUAGAUAGCGAAUCAAAUGAUCACAUUGUAGACGGCUCUUCUCCCACUCAUGUUGCUGCUGAAGAGUGUGUACAAAUGGAAUAUGCAAAUUAGGCAUUGAAUAUUUUAUUUUACCAUGUAAAGUCACUUUAUUACACAUUAAAAUGAAUACUUCAUAUGUAUUAAUGUAA